UUUUAAAAAAUAUCAAACGCCUGCCAUUUUGUUUAAACAGUUUCGCUUGAAACUGAAAACUUGCCUAGCUCAUGAACUUGGCCAAUACCCCACGCUUGGCGCAAAAAAUCGAUUUUAAGCUCAUUUCCUUGUUGAAAUCAUGCAAACAAACAUCUCAAAUCUCUCAAAUCCAUGGCUUUAUGGUCAAACAUGGUAUCGACCAUGACCCUUUUGCUGUAAGCAAGCUUCUUGCAUCUUCAAUACAUGACGUUAAAUAUUCAAACUCAAUCUUCAAACAUAUACAAAACCCAAAUCUCUUCAUGUUCAAUACUAUGCUCAGAGCCUAUUCUGUUUGUGAUGACCCAAAACAAGCUUUUACUGUUUUCAAUAACUUGAGGGCUCAAGGGAUCCCACUUGACCAAUUCUCUUUCGUUACGACUCUGAAAGCUUGUGCUCGUGAAUUGGCUGUUAAGACUGGUCAAGCGAUCCAUGGGGUUGUUCUGAGAUCUGGAAAUUUGGUGUUUAUCAAUGUAAAGAAUAUACUCUUGCAUUUUUAUAGUGUUUGUUGCAUAAUUGAGGAUGCCCGUAAGUUGUUUGAAGAAUUUCCUCAGGAGAAUGAUUUGGUUUCUUGGAAUGCUUUGAUGGGUGCUUAUCUCCGAGCAUCUCAGCCCAGUGAGGCAAUGGAAUUGUUUAGGCAAAUGUUGGCUUGUGGUCUGAGGGUGAGUGCCGCCACAUUGUUAACUAUUUUGUCUGCUUUUGCUGAUCUUGGAGAUUUACAUGGAGGAGGAUCUGUUCAUGCGCAUUCCAUCAAGGUUGGCUUUUCUUCAAAUCUCAAUGUGGUCACUGCUUUGAUUGAAAUGUACGCUAAAACAGGAGAUAUUGAUUCAGGACGUAGAAUUUUUGAUGGAGUUAUUGAAAAGGAUGUCAUCCUAUGGAAUUGUAUGAUAGACAAGUAUGCAAAAGCUGGCUUACUAGAACAAGCAAUAGCUUUACUGCAGAUCAUGAAACUCGAAGGAGUGAAACCGAAUUCAUCUACAUUGGCAGGGCUGCUUGCAGCUUGUGCUGCCACUGGAUCAAUAAAGUUAGGCCGGUGUCUCAAUGAUUAUGUGGAAGAGGACGGACUGGAAUUGGAUGCAGUUCUUGGAACUGCUUUAAUAGAUAUGUUUGCUAAAUGUGGGUUUUUGGACAAGGCUAUUCAAAUAUUUGAGAAGAUGGAGAGAAAAGAUGUAAAAUCUUGGACAUCCAUGAUUUUAGGAUAUGGAGUCCAUGGGCAAGCAAGAAAUGCAGUUGAUCUCUUCUACAGGAUGGAGGAGGAAGGAUUUAGACCCAAUGCAGUUACUUUCUUGGGAGUUUUAAGCGCUUGUAGCCAUGGCGGGUUGGUGAUAGAAGCAAUGAAAUGCUUUGAGAGGAUGGUUCAAGUAUAUGGCUUCCUACCAAAGAUUGAGCACUAUGGAUGUAUGAUAGACCUUUUAGGCCGUGCAGGCUUACUAGAUGAAGCACAUGCCUUGAUCAAAAGAUUGCCCAUUAGGAGUGAUGCUACUGCUUGGCGUGCAUUGCUUGCUGCUUGUCGUGUGUAUGGAAAUGUUGAACUAGGGGAACGUGUGAAAAUAAUGUUGGUUGAUAUAGACGAUCACCCUACUGAUUCCAUUCUUCUUUCCAGUACUUACGCCACUGUCGGAAGGUUGCCAGAUCACAGCAAAUGGAAGGAAAUGAAAGUAGACAGGAUAAAUGCAAACGCUAGAAGCAGGUCGGAUGAGAGAAAAGAAAGGACAGUGAAGGAAGCUGGAUGCAGCACAAUUGAAGUUGAUGGUUACUGCUUAGAAGGUGGCUGAUGGCUGUGUGAAAAAGGUGCUCAUUGUCAUUGGGUAUGUUGUAAGAAGGGGUGAAAUAGAAAUCUUUUUAUUAGAAGUUUUACUAUAAAUUUACUCUCUUACCAUUUCGUUCAAGAUACAGCAUAAUAUUAUCUCAGAGAAUAUUUUCCUAUGUGUCU